GUCUUGCUUGUGCCUUGUUGCGCUUGCUGCCCUUAACCAAAAAUGGGGAAACACGGGAAAAGGCUAAGUCAGCAGCAGCAGCAGAAGCAGCAGCGCAGAGGUAGAAGAGCCUUUUCAUACCACAAUGAAGAAGAAGAGGAACAACAGUAUAUAGAGCAAAGGGAUUCUGAAGAAAAUGACGAUGAAUCCCAAGAAGAGGAGGAGGAAGAAGUAGAAGAAGACAAUGAAAUUAGUCAAAGCCCAUCAAACAAUGAUGUUCCUUCAAAGUUCUUACUUUAUCAACAAUCUGUUCAGUCACCAAAAGGGGACAUAAGUUACCUGCAAAAGUUCUUUUUGAUGUAUGUGGGUGGAAGGAUGCCACUCCAUCUGCAGGAAGAUUUCUGUGGCACUGCUCUUUUAAGUACAGAAUGGCUUCGUACUGAUGCAAGAAGAACGGCUAUAGGCCUGGAUUUGGACAUUGAGGCACUUAAAUGGUGCAUGGAAAGCAAUCUAAGCAAGGUUGGUGCCGAUGUCUACUCCAGAAUAUUUUUGUUUCAUGGCAAUGUCUUGGAACCUCUUCAGGCUACGUUGGUGAACUUUGAUCCUCAAGACCUUGGGCAAAGGAUUACAUUAGAAGAUUGCAAGGAUGGCCCGGAUGCAGUUUUGGUGAUCUCUAGUACACAGGGUAGUCUUCUUGGUGUUAGCCAUAAGUUGAUGAAGGAUACUCGACUCCCAGAAAGAGAUAUAGUGUGUGCUUUUAACUAUAGCUGUUGCUGUCUGCAUAAGCGUCAGGAAUUGGUUUUAUAUUUCAAAUAUGCACUGAGUAUCUUGAAUAAAAGAGGAGGCAUUUUUGUUAUGGAUCUAUAUGGAGGUACAUCAUCUGAAUGUCAACUGAGGAUGCAGAGGAGAUUUCCCACUUUCACAUAUAUCUGGGAGCAAGCUGAAUUUGAUGUCCUGCAGGGGAAGACCAGAAUCAGCCUCCAUUUUAAUCUCCAAAAUCAAAAGAAAAAGCUUCGCCAUGCCUUUUCCUACAGCUGGAGACUGUGGUCAUUGCCAGAAAUCAAAGACUGUCUGGAAGAGGCUGGAUUUCGGUCUGUCCACUUCUGGAUGCGAAGUAUGCCUAACAGUAAAGAAAUUAGAAAUAUAGAUGGGUUUGGCGUUGGACGAGACAUAAAAUAUGAAGAAGUAACCAGUUUUCAACAACAGGAUUCAUGGAAUGCAUAUAUUGUAGGUGUUGUCUAAUUAUCAAGUAGUGGCAUUUUUUAAAGCAGUGGUAAUCAUAUGAAUUUUUGAGCUGAUGAAGAAACAUGUAUCGUGAAAAGAUAGGUAAUCAAACAGCUUUACUUGAUUAUUUGAGCGAAUAUGUUUCACAUCCCUUUCUGGCAGCACUUUUCCACCCUCCCCAGAUGUGCCCCAGAACUGUACCAGUUGUCACCAGCUAAAUUUACCUUUUAACUCAUUUCUCUAUUUCUAAUCUCAUAGUUGAUUCUUUA